AUGCAUGGCACAUAUAUAACACGGGAUGAGCUUUCUUCGCUCAAUGGAGGCCGUUGGGUAAAUAGUGCGAUUGUCGGACUGGUCUGCCGAAUGAUGAAUGCAGAACAAGAUAUACCACCGCGUGCACACUAUUUCGACCCAUCAUUCUUCGUGGUGCUAGCCAGCCUUACGCCAAAUGCCAAAAAGCAUGAAAUCAAAGAGCGGUGUCGGAUGUUCCUUCAUGCUGAAUUUGUGGGCCAUGAUUUCUCUAGUUGUGAUAUGCUAUUUUUUCCCGUCUGCGACAACAACCAUUGGCACGUGCAUGUGGUCAAUAUUCCAGCUUCAAGGGUCGACAUCUUAUCUUCGUUGCCUUUAAGAAGGGGUAACGGGAUAAGUGCCGUAUCGAGACGCUUGUCUGAUGCAAUUGAUCAAGCAUUCCAUGCUCAUGGCAUGCUCAGGCGAGUGGAGGUCUCAAAAUUCCAGCAUGUGCAACCCCAAAUUGUGCAACAACUAAAUGGAUAUGAUUGUGGCAUGUUCGCAAUCAAGUACAUGGAACAUUGGAAUGGGGCGACACUAGCACAUUCAAUUGCGGAGGACAAGAUGCAUCUAUAUCGACUGAGGCUGGUCGUUACUUUGGUUACUAAUGCGGCAAACAAUGCUAAAGAUAAGGUCUUGAAGGCGUGUCGAAUUUGA